AUCAAUCGGUCAAUGGUGCUGAAAAUGUCAGAGAGCAUUGAAACUUAACAAUUUAGACUCUAUAAACCAAAUCACAAUAUUUUUACAAAGUUAUCGUUUCUACCGCUUAACAUUCAUGGCUUUGUUAGUGCGAAGAAAUUUCAAUUAAAUAAAACGAUUUAGAAAAUCAAAUAAUUGAUUUCGAUUGGCUGCACAAAACAUCGUGAUUUUUCCGUACAACAUUUUUUUUUCUCCACCACCAUCAUUCUCUCUCUUGAUUCGAUACGAAAAUGUUGAAAUUUGAUGAAAAAGAAAUAAUUUACAUUAUUUAAAUUGUGUGGAAAAUCAGAGAAAACAAAAUAUAUUUAUAUAUGGAUUUGUUGAGAAAAGGAGGGUGCACAGCUUGACUGCAAUGAGCGGAAAAUCGAACACAGGAAUGGCGUUCAACGCUAGUGAUGUAACAAUGCCAAACUGUGGCGGCAGUAGCAGCACCAGUAGCACUAGUGCUACCAACAGUUUGGCCAAGGGCACUAAUUUUAUUGAGCGUAAUAAAAAAUGGCAAAUGGAACUAUUAAUGGAACGUUUACGAUCAAAAUCUGCACAAUACAAACCGUUACAGGACACAUCACGAAAUAUAAGAAUUGCCAUGCUGGAAAAACGAUAUGGAUUGGAUAUGGUUGAAAAAUCGAAUUUGCAAAAGUGCUUGGAUCGCAUGCAAUACUGCAUUAAAGUGACGACGCGUCAAGGUUUAGUAGAACGAUUAGAAAGUUUAUCACGUCAAUUGGGCCUUAAGUUUUCGGAUGACAAUCUGAAUUUGUUUAUUUCGUCGGAUAUGUUUUAUUUGGAAAUCAUACUUGAUAGCAAUGGAAAGGUGCAUGACGUAAAAGUGCAUCAUGAAUUUAAAAUGGAGCAACAAUCAUGUCAAGAGCUAGUGAGCUGUUUGCUGAAGGGUGAUUUCGCCGAUUUUACUGCUCAACUGGAAGGAUUGACAUCGAUUUAUCAGCUCAACGCCGAUAAAAAGACGAAAAGCAACGCAUUUGUUGCACUUCAAGCGCUCGAAAGUGACCUACAAACAUUGUAUUCAUUAUAUGUAAAUAAAAAAGAUCCAAAUGUGCUAGUUCAAUCACCAGUUGGCAUUUUGCAGCCACGUCGUGGUGGCCAUCCGAUGCGACUUACCUAUUUUGUGUCACCAUAUCAAUUGCUUGAUGUUGAAAACAGCACAUUAAGACCAUUAACCGUUGAAUUGAUACAUGCACAAAGUUCAAUUGGAUUAAGUGUGACCGUGCAUCUAGAAGCGGCUUCUUCAAACAAAUUACAAAUCACACCGAUCGUUAAAGUACAAGAAGAUGGCCAGGGUAAUCGAAUACCGGAAUAUAAAACAAUCAGUGCCGAUAAUUCAAUUAUGUUGCCCGCAUACUUUGUAUUACGUUUGAACAAACCGAUUGUAAUUGGUGUUAAUUUGUUACGUCAAAUUGAACAAAUUACACGCGCCAAAUUUCCCGAUGAAAUUUUAUCAAAAGCAAGUCCAAUUUUAAGCCUUAUAGGAUGUCAUGGAAGUGAUGGUCAAAUAACAAACACUUCAAAGGGUUUAUUUGUUUCACUCACGGACCAAACGCAUUGCUACUUCUUAACAGAAAACAAUGAUUUAACGGGUGUUGUCAUAAAAAGUAUUCCAUUCAUAGAGCCAUCACAUGUUCCACAGAUUUUGUUCAUCCUUCGACAGCAAUCUCUAUUCAAUACACUGAUAACUAGUUGUAUACGUACCUCCAAUUACAAAUCAGAUAUAGAGAAUACAACCAUAUUUGAAAUUAGUGUGUUAUCAUGCCAACAUAUUUCGAUUACACUGGAACAUCCAUAUUUGGAAACAAUGGCAACAAUUGAGCUUGAUCUAACGAAUAUGCCAAAUAUAAAAUGCAACAUUUUUGCAUUGGGCGGUGAUUACAAUUCCAUUACAUCAGGACUGUCACGAAUUUUACAAACUUGUGCAUCCAUACCAAUCACAGUUCGCAUGUUGAUUAAAUACUGGGAACGUGAGCACUUGAAUAAAGUGCGUGGUUUAGAUAACAACAAUUUGAGCUUAUUUUGUAGCCAACCAGGAAAUACUAGUGCCAAUAACGUCAUCAAAGCAGCUUUUAGUGAUUUAGAAAAUGGUACAAUUAAAAAUAGAGAUGUGUCCAAACAUAGGGAAUUCAGUGGCGAUUCUCAGCCCCAGCAGCGUUCAAUGGGUGAUGAUUCAAGUGAUGGAAAAGCAACGAAACGACGACGGUCCGAGGAAUUUGAUUAUUUUCGUCGGAAUGAUGCUACGUCAAAAGACAUCAGUAAAGUUGACAUGUUUGCGAGAGUUCCACGUAUUGACAGCGCUUCAAAAGACGCCAACAAUCAAUCGUCCGACGGUCAAUUCAAAUCGUCCCAGCGGUUGGCAGAAGAUACAUUUCGGAACUCAGAUGAAUUGAAAAGUUCAAAAUUGUCAAAAGCAAACGUUGAUUGUGAUAAAGUAAAAGUGAACAAAUCCGAAUCCUAUGAUCCAAAUGGAAAACGUUUAGAUGGUUCCGAACCGGUAAAAAAGAAACAAAAGCGGCCUCGUGAUGAGAAAUCAAGUGAUAGCGGCUCAAAUUUAUCGUCAUCGGUUAGCAUUACGCCGAUUGCAUCGAUGCAAUCAUCAGUAUCAACGUCAUUAUCGACUAUAGCCCAAUCGACCAGUGCAUCCAGUUCAGCCACUUCGAAUUUAAGUUCCGUACUGGGAACAUCAACACAAAAUCUACCACAAGAUCAUUGGCCACCACUUCCAUCACAGCAACAUCAACAGCAACAGUCUAUGUAUCGCUUAGAGCGUAGGCUGCCUUCCAUUGAAAUAAUUCCGAUAUCUUCGCAGCCGACACAAAACCUGAAAUCAUCCAUAACAAUUACGCCAAUAAACUCAACGUCAAAAAACAGUAGUAGCGCUGGUGCGAGCAGUGAAAAGCGCACUGGCGCAAAUAAUGGAAACGAACACAGUAGCAGUGGUGGCGGCGGCAGCAGCAGCAGUAGUAAACGAUCAUCGGAUAGUCUCUCAUCAUCGGAUAGUGGGCGACUUAAAUUAGAGAAGAAGAAAAAACGAAAGCGUGAGGAUAGCCCGAUGGGACCACCUGAAAAAAUGCCAGUUACAGUCAGUAUUAAAACGUCUGAUGGGUCACCAAUAUCACCGUCUGGCCAACAAUUGCUUCGAAAAUUUAACUCGUCUCCGGUGCUACAGCAAUCUAGUAAAAUUAGCUUAAGCAGCACUUCGAGCAAAAUUAGUCCAAAACAUUCGCCACUUAGCGGAAGCAGCAGUCACAGCAGUCCGAAACAUCAAAGUCUACCAAGUCCCAAAGGAAAUCACUACAGUACAUCAUCGCCGAAACAUUCGAGUUCGGCGGGAUCGGGAAAACCAAGCAUGUCCACACUUAAAUCAGCAACUAGCUCACCAAAUUCCAAAUCAAGUAUCGGUUCGUCCGGCGAUCGCAUUAAAACUUACUCAUCCUCAUCGAGCCGCGAUAGACAGGACCGAGAAAGAGAUCGGGACAGAGACAAAGACCGUGAUCGCUAUAAAUAUUCAUCGGGCAGCAAUAGUCCGAAACUAAAGGCAAAACUAUCCACAUUCAUCCCAGUGGAUAGUUUAUUGGAUGCAUCGUCAUCUAGCCAAGACUCAAUAAAAUCCUCUGGAAGCAGUCAGGCUAAUAAAAAUCGCAAAAGUUCAUUAAGCGCUGUGAUAGAUAAAUUGAAAUCAGCGCGACAUGUGAAUGAUGAAUCGCCGCCAAAUACACCAACUCUAUCGACGCCAUCGCAGUCGAUUGGUGCUGAUGCAAAUAAUGUCUCUUCUGCAUCAACUGGCCAAACUGUUAGUAAAGAAAAAUCCGCAUCGGCCAAUACUCAGUCACUGAACUUGCCUAAUGUUUCAUCGAUAUCGAUAACUUCGGUGAAAAAUAAUAGCGAAUACAUGGUUAAGCAUAGUUCAGAUGGCAUGAAGAUAACCAUUAAUAAAACGCGAACAAAAGACAUGACAUCGCCAUCGUCUAAACAAAAUUAUCAGCAUUCAUCGAGUUCCAGUUCAAGUGGCAGUGGUUCAAAUUCACCCAAAACACAUACGGGUUUAAAGCCUGGUGUAAAUAGUGGACCUGCAUCGAAAAAACCGCAUGCAUCAUUUCAAUCUUCUCAGUCGGAUUCAACAAAAGACUCGAAUGGAUCACAAAAAAGGCCAGUGUCACUGGACGGAUCAAAUGCCAGCAAUCAAUUAUCGAGUUCAAACAGUACACCAUUUAAUUCUUCAUCGUCUAUCAGUAAUAAAUCACUCAUAUCAAAGUCCAGUUCAUCGGGUUCGUUGAACUCGUCAUCUGCAUCGCUAUCAAAAACAUCAUCUGCACUUAAUUCAUCAUCGUCAUUGCCUAAAAGCUCAACAAAUUUAAUGGAUAACUAUAAAAAAGAUAAAAAUCGUUUUCCUAAUAAAAGUGGAUCCGGUAAUGGUAACGAUCGACCACCAACAACAAAUCGAGAUGUUAUGAAAUUGCUCGGUUUGCAGAAUCCAUCGCAAACUCUUGACGUAUUUGGAAAAACGUGGGAUACAAAAUAUCAAAUACCCAAAUUGUCAGCACGUUCAAGUGCCAAUGAUAAAGAUACAUCGACAACAAAUACAUCUACAGUUGCUGCUUCACCAUUGAACACCCAUGAAACCAAUUCAAAUAAGUCAAUGGUAAAUUUUAUGUCAAGUGUGCACUCGUUCGGUGGAAAUCAAAUGCUCUCGAAUAAAAUUCAUGGAGGCCGAGCAUCUUCUGUUUCACCCAAAUAUAAUUUGAAUACGGAUAGCAUUUCAAAUUUUAAUAAAGAUAUUCACAUCUAUAAAUCUAGUUCAUCAGAUGCACUUCAGCAUCAAUCACAGUCGAGUGGCCAUCACAUUCAAUUACCCAGCAGCAGUGGAAAUAAUGCCUUUGCUUCUUUGCUCCCAAAUAAAUCGCCACUGCAUCAUUCGACAUCGGUGAAUACGACAUCGAAAAAUUUACUAUCAGGAACAUCACAACUAAGCGGUUCGAGCAAAAAUAGCAUAAUCAAUACUGGUUCAAAUAUUAUGGGAACGGCCACAACAUCACCAUCUACUAAGGACUUGAUUAAUUUCCAGGAUCAAAUGAAAAAGAAUCGUCUGCCAUCCAAACCAAGUGAUAACUUUGCCAGUAGCACCAAUUCGUUAAUGAAUCCAAAUCAAAUGCGGAAUAUGCAAUCGUCAGCUGUUUCAUCGAAUCAAAGUUCACAAGCGGCACCACUAAGGCGACCAGUCAGCGGUAAUUCACCACAACAGACCUUUUCUAAAGAACUUUCCUCCGAUAACAACGGUUCAGUGUUCUGGGCAUGAUCACACUUCACACCCCCUACGCUGCAAUUCUGUGUAAUGUGCGUGAAAUAUAAUCAGCGUUUUCAAUUCAAUAUCUUCUUAAGAUCAA